UGUUGGAGGCACUUGAGUCUGUGGGUGGGGUGUGUACUGAGGGCCGAGGCUAACGGAGUCCUGCGCUCCGCAGACUAAAGGCCAAUUUCAUCACCCAUCUCCUGCCCACUCUUCUGCCGGCUGCCCCAAACACCAGUUGCCAUGCAUCAUAGUCAGAGUCAGUGCCCCAAGCCUGAAGGAGGCUUUCAGGCCCAAAGAGAGCAACAGGGCCUAGUGGGUACACAGGUUCCUGUAGCUGAGAAGGAGGCAGCUGCCUCCUCUGCCUCUCCUGUAGUCCAAGGCACCCCUGAGGUGGUUCCUGCUGCUGGGAUACCAAGUGCUCCCCAGAGUUCUCAGAGCGCCCACUCCUCUUCCUUGGCUGUCAAAGCCACUCUGCCUAGCAAACCAAAAAGCUCCAGCAGCCUAGAGGGUCCAGGUGCCUUACAGGUCCCUCCACAACCUGAGUUCGUGCUCAGUGAUGUGCUAGACAAGAAGGUGGCUGAAUUGGUGCAGUUCCUGAGCAUCAAGUAUGUAACCAAGGAGCCCAUCACACAGACGGAAAUGCUGAAGCUUAUCACCAAGGAGCACGAGAUCCACUUCCCUCUGAUCUUCCAGAAAGUCUGCGAGUGCAUGGAGGUGGUCUUUGGCAUUGAAGUGAAGGAAGUGGAUGCCACCAGCCACUCCUACGUGCUUGUCAAGAUCCUAGAGCUCACCUACGAUGGGGUGCUGUGUGGUGGCUCGAGCAUGCCCAAGACGGGCCUCCUGAGUCUCAUCCUGGGUGUGAUCUUCAUGGAAGGCAACCGUGCCCCUGAGGAGAAGAUCUGGAAAGCGCUGAAUACGAUCGGGGUAUAUUCUGGGAAGAAAGAUUUCAUCUAUGGGGAGCCCAGGAAGCUCAUCACCAAAGAUCUGGUGCAGGAAAAGUACCUGGAGUACCAGCAGGUGCCUCACAGCGAUCCUCCACGCUACGAAUUCCUGUGGGGUCCCCGGGCCCACGCUGAAACCAGCAAGAUGAAAGUCCUGCAGUUUUUUGCCAAGAUCACUGGGACUGACCCCACAGCCUUCCCAUCGCGGUACAAGGAGGCGCUGAGAGAUGAGGAAGAGCGAGCCCAGGCCCGGAUCGCCACUGCGGGGGAGACCGCUACCGCGGCCGGCGGCGUGUCCAGCACCUUCUCCUGCCCUGAUGACCCGGAGCCUGAGGAAGAGUCUUCACUCUCUGCUUGAAGAGGGCAGGCGGGGUUCUGGGUGGUGGAGGCCUGCCUUGUAGUCUUUAUCUCUUGUUCUUCCUUUGGUGUUUUCAAAUGUUCUUCCUCCAGAAAGGUUGGCCGGCUUCAGCAUGUAGCUUCUGUGCGGCGUGGGUCAGGGAGGAAAAGCAAGAGCAGGAAUUCUGCUCUUCUGUAGCAAGUCGGGAAACCUUCCCUCUUUGGGGAUGCGGAGCAGGAUAACUUAGCCAUGGAAUAAGAAUUUUUUAGAAAUGUUAAGGAGCCUGAGAGAUGGGACCCAGAAACAGGGAAAAAUGUCAGAGAUGGUCCAUCCUGGGAUUCCUGUAUCCCAUUUAGUCUGCUGUUUUGUAAAGUUAAAAAUACACGCCUGAGGGGCAAGCGCCGUGGGGAGCUGGUCCAGUGGACUGUGCCGGAGGGUGAUGGGCACCAUGUGGUAACCUACAUGGGAAAAGGUGUGACCCGCACCCCUAAGUCAUACGGUGUUAUAAACAAA